GGAGCACUGAAGUUGAUGCUGGGGAAGAAGUCACAUAGAAAGGAUACUACCUGAAGGAUAACAGAUCGGAAAGACUGGAAAGGACACAGCCAGAGGCUAUGCUUCUCUCAGGUAGGCAGUAGCCACCCUUUAUGCGGCCAGCAUAGAUCUGGAGCUAACGCCUGAGGGUCUCUGUGUCAGGGACAGCUGCUUCUGAUGGACACCAUCAACCGAUUCCCAACGGCCAUGUCAAUGGCAGCUUCUUUGAGACAGUCUGCCUCCUCCUCGUCUUCUCUACAGAAAUACCAAGUGGCUGCCUAUGGGGCUGGCAGAGUGCUUCUGGCUUGGGCUCCACAAAUGAAGGGCUGGAGGCGAGCACCAGUAGUGCUGGGACCUUCGUGUGUCAGGUUGGGGAUCAUGCUAGUGUUGGUACUGAUUUUCCUGCCAGGCUUGUACUGUGACCCUGGAUCUGUGUAUUAUUCUUCUUACGAAACAGUCAUCCCCAAGAGUCUGACAGUCAAGGGAAAGGAAGACCCAGGGGAAAAGGCAUCCUAUACACUAGUAAUGCAGGGCCAGAAGCAGGUGAUUCAACUGAAGGUGAAGAGAGACUAUUUUGUGAAUAACUUUCCAGUCUUCAGCUACCACAAUGGGGUCCUGGGGCAAGAAGUGCCUUUCAUCCCUCAUGACUGUCACUACGAAGGCUACCUAGAAGGAGUCCCGGGUUCUUUUGUUUCCCUCAACACCUGUUCAGGCCUCAGGGGCAUCCUGAUUAAGGAGGGGAAGCCCUAUGGCAUUGAGCCCAGGGACACCUCAAAACAGUUUGAACAUGUGUUGUACACCAUGGCACCCCAAGCUCGAGUGUCCUGCAGCGUCACUUCCAAAGGCAGCCAAGUGGUGUCCACCAGCCGGCAGCAAGGGAGCAGGAAGCCUCGCAGUCUACAGGCCCUGCCGUCCUUUUGGUCACACACCAAGUACGUGGAGAUGUUUGUCGUGGUCAGCAACCAGCGCUUCCAGAUGUGGGGCAGGAACAUCGAUGAGACAGUCCAGAGAGUAAUGGACAUCACUGCUCUGGCCAACAUCUUCACUCGGGGCAUAAACACCCAGGUGGUGCUGGCCGGAAUGGAGAUCUGGACCGAGGGGGACCUCAUCGAAGUCCCAGCGGACUUGCGAGUUACACUGAGGAAUUUCAAUAGCUGGAGACAGGAGAAGCUCUUCCCCCGGGUGAAGCACGAUGUUGCCCACCUGAUCGUGGGACAUCACCCUGAAGACGAUGUGGGACAGGCAUUUCUCAAUGGUGCCUGUUCAAGAGGCUUUGCAGCUGCUGUUGAAUCCUUCCACCAUGAAGAUGUCCUCCUGUUUGUGGCGCUCAUGGCCCAUGAGCUUGGGCACAACUUGGGUAUUCAGCACGACCACUCGGCCUGCACUUGUGAAGAUAAACUCUUUUGCCUUAUGCAUGAGAACAUCACUAAAGAAAGUGGCUUCAGCAACUGCAGCUCUGACCACUUCUACCAGUUCCUCCGGGAACACAAAGGGGCCUGCCUGUUUAACAAGCCCCGGCCCCAAGGUCGUCUGCGUAGGCAAGCCACGUGUGGAAACGGUGUGUUGGAUAUGUAUGAGGAGUGUGACUGUGGACCUGACUGUGGUAAUAACCUGUGCUGUGAUGAAACAUGUAGGCUAAGGGCAACGGCAUUGUGUAGUUCUGGACUCUGCUGUAAUGAAACGUGUGGAUAUCUAGAAAAGGGAAUCAUGUGCCGUUCUCCUUUUGGAGAGUGUGACCUCCCAGAGUAUUGUGAUGGUAACUCUGACAAAUGCCCCACCAACACAUACAAGCAAGAUGGUACACCUUGUGAACGAGUUCACUAUUGCAUUAAUGGUCUGUGCAAGACUGCUGAUUUUCAAUGUGUAAAUGUUUUUGGAUACCCUGCAAGGUCUGCCCCAGAAGACUGUUACAUUUCCAUGAACACUAAAGGGGACCGGUUUGGAAACUGUGGCCUUCCCAAUUCAGAUAACCAGGAAUAUGUAAAGUGUACAGCUGAAAAUAUAUAUUGUGGGAAAAUUAUAUGUACAAAUGUCAAACAAGUACCAGUGGUCAAACCCAUGCACACAAUGAUCCAGGUGCCUCAUAGGGAUGACUGGUGCUGGAGCGUGGAUGCCUAUAAUAACACUGAUAUCCCUGAUGAUGGACAUGUGGACGCUGGCACACGUUGUGCUCCAGAAAAAAUCUGUCUGAAUUACUCCUGCGUUGAUCAUGCUGUGCUGAAAUACGACUGUGAACCACAACGAAUGUGUAAUGGGAGAGGAGUUUGCAACAAUUUAAAGCACUGCCAUUGUGAGGCUGGCUAUGCCCCUCCUGACUGCACAACUAUAGGAACUGGGGGUAGUGUGGACAGUGGCUCUCCUAUUUUACAACGGGAAUCUGAAAAUGCUUUCAAUGCUGCCAAACAUGAACAUGAGUUCGUAGACAAUAUGAUCAUAAUAUUUCUCGUACUUUUUUUCCUACUAUUAAUAUUAGUAACUGCUUUUAUUGCCCUUUUGUGUAAACAUUCAAGAAAAGCUCCUCCAGAGCCCAAAGAAAAGGGUCCAGAAGAGGCAGAAGAGGUUCAGCCAGAAGAAGAGGAAGAGGAGGAAGAAGAGGAAGAGGAGGAAGAAGAGGAAGAAGAGGAAGAAUCAGAGCCAUAAAAGAAGUAGUGAGAGGAAGAAGCUAAAUAUAUCAAACAUCUCAAGCACUGAGUGGGAAUGAGGCUCAGGGAAGUACAAGUGAAGUGGGAAUUGAUGGCUCGGGGAUGGGACCUGAAUAAAAAUAUACCAUCUAUAAAAAUACACUAAUGUAGGAGGAGGGAUUCAUCCACUUUUGGAACUCAUUUUAGUAAUUAAGCUUUUAUUUAUUUAAUAUACUAAAUAUUUUACUUUUUCUUUUCCACAUUUCAUUUGAAGUCUUCACAGGCAUCUGUAGACAUCAAUGUAUUUGUCUUGGGCCAAUUUUUCCAUUCACCAGAAACUUUUUAGUACAUGCCAUCUCUCAUCUCAGUUGUUUGACAUGUACUACUGCAUUUGCUUACCUUUAUUACUUUCACUUUGUAAGUAACCACUACCUAUUAUGAGGGUAGUUGUUUGUGUGAUCAUUUUAGUUUGCCUUAUAAAUGUACUUUCAUUAAAUGAAGAGUGUUUAAACAUAAAAAUAAAUAAAACCCUAUUCAGAUUAUA